GCACGACAGACUGGUCACACUGCCAAAAUAUGAGGAUUUCCAGAUAGUAACGAAAUAUCCACUUUAGCAUAAUUGGGAUUUAAAGACAUUAUGCUAAUACCUGUAUAGUCAACAUCGAGCGACAAUACACUUCGGAGCGGUUUUCCACGAUGAGCUUCAUAGACCAGGAAGUUACCGAGUUCCGGGCCAAAUGUGAGAAGCAAGUGCCGCACACCAAGAUCAUCAUUUGCUCCAGCUCGCUGAUCCGGGUUGACAUUUAUCCGGAACGGCCCAAUCGCUCCAUGACGGUGUGCCUCCGCUUUCCCGAGAACUACCCGCAGAGCACGCCCAUCCUGGUGGAGUUGAAGAGCCGCGUGUACUCCGACAAGCUGCUGUCCGAACUCACCCGCUUAAUUGAUGACUACGCCGCCGAUUUUCUGGGCAAGCCGCAGGCCCUGCUGGUCCUCGCCUUCGCUCAGCAGUAUUUGACGGAUAAUCCCCUGUGCGUGUGCCUGGACGAAAUCAAGCAGCUCAGGGCGGACGUAAAGGCGCCCGGAACCUCAACGGAGAGUCAGCUGAAGCUGAAGCAGAAGAACAGAAGCGUAGAGCUGGUCGCCAAGGGAGGCCUCUACACCUACAGAGUCGUCGCUUGCGUUCCCGAAAGCUAUCCGAUGCAGAGCGUGGAGCUGCGCGGCCAGGAGUCCAACCUUCCCGCUGUACUCGUACGGUACCUGAAUGGCCAGUCACGGGAGAUAGCCCGCCAGUGCGUGGAGCCACCGAUCCGACUCAGCAAGGAGGCCCUGGCCAAUUUCCGGCCAGUCAGGAGCCUGCAUCGAUCCCUCAAGUUCUGCUUGGAGGCCACCCGGGACUUUCAUAUCGAACUGUGCCCCAUUUGUGAUAAUACCGUGUUGCCAGAGGAUCCGCAGGAUAUCGAACUGGAUGACAAUGCCGACUCCUUCAUCGAGCGAGUCUACUGCGGUCACCUGUUCCACCAGGGGUGCCUUAAGAAAUACCUCUCCGAGCCACCGUUCCCCAAGGGCGGCAAACUGUGCCCGGCCAAGCGCCGUCAUCCGCGCUCCGAUGCUCAGACCUACAUGGGAAGACCUCAAAUUGCCACCAGUGGCGGAGCAGUGCUACCCAAAGCUUCAGAGGAUGUUGUGUGCGGUAUUAAGCUGGCCCAUGAUCGCUGGGUGGUCAGCGUGAAGACGGCGGAGGCGCGCUGGGCCCAGAAACAGGCUCGCCAGCGGGAGCUCGAGGAGGUGGUGGACUUCCUGCAAUAACAGAUAGUUCAACUCAGAAGCUGUGUACUGUAUAAUGGUUAUGUAUUUUGUGAUUUGUAUUCGAAUACGCUUAUAUUGCUAAUGAAAUAAAUAAAGUGAAGAUGGA